UGAUGGGAAUCGUGGAGCAGAGCUUUCUGGGAAUUCAAAUCAUAGAAAAUCAAGAUAAUCAAUAGCUGUAACUGCUAUAACAACUCACACCAAUCAACUGGCCAAAAGAGACAUUUGGAUACUUGUUUAAAUGCGUUAUCAACAAAGUUAGUAUUUUUCUUUUUCGUGCUCUCUGCAAACUGUUUUGUUUGUCCAUUUGCCGAUAAAAGUAUUGCCGCGGUGUUAUCGAUAGCUGAUGCCAUCGCUAAAGCGCAGCACGUGUAAAUCAAAUGUUUGCGGCUGAGUAAAGAAGUAAACAUGGGCAAGAAAAAACACAACGCCAAGGCGCGGCAAAAUCCGGAAACGAUUGUGGACAACUCGGCCGUGAAGAAGAUCCAAAUCGAUGUUGAUGCAGUUGCUGGGACCAACCAGGCGGGCUAUGAUGAGGCCAACGCUCUGGUGCUGCCCUCCGAGAAGCGGGCCACCAAAAUCAAGGUGGACAAGGUGCAGCACGUGAAGAUUCUCUCCAAAAAGCAGCGCAAGCACCUGCAGGCAAUUGUGGACAAGAAAAAGAAAAAGGAAGGCCGCGCUCAGCUUCUAGCUGAUCUAGCCUCCGUGCAAAUCCCCGAGGCGGAACUGCAGCAGUACACCUCCAUUAGCCAGGUGCAGACGGUAGGCCUGAAGCGCCUGCCCACGCUCGACGAGUACCUGGCCAAGAAGAAGGCGCGACAGGCGCAGGUGCUGGCUGAGAAGAGCUCAGGUGUCAGACGGGUAAACGCUAUCAAGGGAUCCAAGCGCAAGCUGCUUGCCGAGGAGCAAGAGGAGCUUGAUGCCAAGCGCCGCAAUCCGAAUGUAGUAAGCUUAGAGGAGGACGACGACGAUGACGACUCUUCUAGUAGUGACGAGGAUGAGGCACCGCCACUUCCAACCACUGUCCCUGCUCCCAUACCCGCUCCAGUGGCUGCUCCACCAAAAGUCCAAGCCAAGCCCGAAGAAAAGAAAACGAAGGAGGCACCACCAACGCCUGUCUGCACCCACCAAACCGUUUACGUGCCUGUGCAUCGGUCCAGCGAGGUGCAGGAGGCCCGCCUGCGGCUGCCCAUCCUCGCCGAGGAACAGGAGGUGAUGGAGACCAUCAACGAGAACCCCAUUGUGAUUGUGGCCGGCGAAACGGGCUCGGGCAAGACAACGCAGCUGCCGCAGUUCCUGUACGAGGCGGGGUAUGCCCAGCACAAGAUGAUCGGCGUGACAGAGCCCCGGCGGGUGGCCGCUAUUGCCAUGUCUAAGCGAGUGGCACACGAAAUGAAUCUGCCAGAAAGCGAGGUCUCUUACCUAAUCCGAUUUGAGGGCAACGUGACGCCGGCCACGCGCAUCAAAUUCAUGACCGACGGCGUGCUCCUUAAGGAGAUCGAAACAGACUUCCUGCUAAGCAAGUACUCGGUGAUCAUUCUGGACGAGGCGCACGAGCGUAGCGUCUACACAGACAUCCUUGUGGGUCUGCUCUCGCGGAUCGUGCCUCUGCGCCAUAAGCGUGGCCAGCCCCUGAAGCUGGUUAUUAUGUCCGCCACGCUGCGUGUCACCGAUUUCACAGAGAACGCGCGUCUGUUCAAGGUUCCGCCGCCGCUGCUGAAGGUGGAGGCACGCCAGUUUCCGGUGACCAUUCACUUUCAGAAGCGCACGCCCGACGACUACGUGGCGGAGGCCUAUCGCAAGACCCUGAAGAUCCACAAUCAGCUGCCCGAGGGCGGCAUCCUCAUCUUCGUCACGGGCCAGCAGGAGGUCAACCAGCUAGUGCGUAAGCUGCGACGCACCUUUCCCUUUCACCCUCCAUCGUCAUCAGCCAAGGACCGCCCAAAGGCUGAGGAACACACAGAGACUCCUGCUGAACCUCAGGUGGCGGCGGGAGGUGCAGAUGUUGAGACGGAGGACCCGAAGGAGCUGGAGUUCGACAUGAAGCGCACUAUACGCAACAUGCGCAAGUCCAAGAAAAAGUUCCUGGCUCAGAUAACUUUGCCGAAGAUCAAUCUGGAUGACUACAAGCUGCCGGGUGACGACACGGAGGCGGAUAUGCACGAGCAGCAGGACGAGGAGGAGCAGGAGGAUCUGGUGUUAGAGGACGACGAUGCCGAUGGCGAGGCGGGUCCUAUCUCCGGUAACAGCCGACCCCUCUGGGUGCUGCCGCUGUACUCCCUGCUCUCGUCGGAGAAGCAGAACCGCAUCUUCCAGCCCGUCCCCGAUGGGUGUCGCCUGUGCGUGGUGAGUACGAAUGUGGCGGAAACUUCACUGACCAUUCCGCACAUCAAGUACGUGGUGGACAGCGGCCGCCAGAAGACCCGUCUCUACGACAAGCUGACUGGCGUGAGCGCCUUCGUGGUCACGUACACGUCGAAGGCGUCGGCGGAUCAGCGGGCAGGUCGCGCGGGGCGCAUCAGCGCCGGCCACUGCUACCGCCUGUACUCGAGCGCUGUCUACAACGAUUGCUUCGAGGCCUUCGCCCAGCCGGAUAUCCAGAUGAAGCCCGUCGAGGACCUCAUGUUGCAAAUGCGCUGCAUGGGCAUUGACCGCGUCGUGCACUUUCCUUUUCCCUCGCCGCCAGAUCAGGAGCAGCUGCAGGCCGCCGAGCACCGGCUGACCGUGCUGGGUGCUUUGGAAGCCAGAAAGUCAUCAGAGAAGACGGACUUGCCACCGGCUGUAACUCGUCUCGGCCAGGUCAUCUCCCGGUUUCCAGUGGCGCCGCGGUUCGGCAAGAUGCUGGCCCUGUCUAACCAGCAGCAGCUCUUGCCCUACACCGUCUGUCUGGUGGCUGCCCUCUCGGUCCAGGAGGUACUCAUCGAGACGGGCGUGCAGCGGGACGAGGAUGUGGCACCCGGCGCCAAUCGUUUCCACCAGAAGCGUCAAAGCUGGGCGGCCAGCGGCAAUUACCAGCUGCUCGGUGAUCCCAUGGUCCUGCUUCGGGCUGUCGGAGCCGCAGAGUACGCUGGUUCCCAGGGUCGUCUGCCAGAGUUCUGUGCUGCAAACGGUCUGCGUCCGAAGGCGGUCAGCGAGGUGCGAAAACUGCGCGUUCAGCUGACCAACGAGAUCAACCUGAACGUUAGCGAUGUGGAACUGGGUGUGGAUCCGGAACUCAAGCCGCCUACGGAUGCCCAAGCGCGUUUCCUGCGCCAGAUCCUGCUGGCCGGCAUGGGUGACCGGGUGGCCAGAAAGGUGCCGCUGGCCGACAUUGCCGACAAGGAGGAGCGGCGGCGGCUCAAGUACGCCUACAACUGCGCCGACAUGGAGGAGCCGGCCUUCCUGCACGCCUCGUCCGUGCUACGCCAGAAGGCGCCCGAGUGGGUCGUCUAUCAGGAAGCCUACGAGCUGCAGAACGGCGACGCCACCAAGAUGUUCAUACGCGGCAUCACGGCAAUCGAGCCGGAGUGGCUGCUCCUCUAUGUUCCCCUCCUGUGCAAUGUACGCGAGGUGCGCGAAGAUCCUGCUCCACGGUAUGAUGAAGCCUCCGGCCGGAUAUUCUGCUACGUAGAUGCCACCUUUGGCAAGGCCGGUUGGGAUCUGCCGCUUGGCGAGGUAGAGAUGCCGCUCAGUGAGAAGGCCUGCUGUUACUUCGGCAUGUUCCUGCUGGAGGGCAAGGUUUGCUCCAAGCUGGCCGAGCUCCGCGGCAAGCUCAAGUCGACUCCGGCCUCGCUGAUCAAGAGCUGGUCCAGCAUGAACGACAAGGUACUGCGAUUCAAGCGAGCGCUCAUCACCAAGCAGAUCCACACCCGCCAGGCGUUGUUCGAUGAGUUCCGGAAGGAUUCCCACUUCCUUCUGGAGGAGUACCAGAAUCUGCUCUACGACGUGGCCCUCAGCGAGCUGACUCCUUGGUGGCCGCCGCUGGACAAGAGUUAGUUGCCUAUUUUUUGUAUAACAAGUUUCAUUUAUUAUUUAUUUAAUUGAUAUACAUAUAUAUAUAUACAUGUAUAUAUAUGUAUAUACAUAUAUAUAUAUAUAGAUUUAUAUAAU